UUUAUUUUCUUAAAACAGGAACUUGCGGAAAAAUGAACAAAUUAGUUUGCUUUAGUGAAAAUAAGCUUUAUCGCGUGAGACUUUAGUUGUUUCAACUGGCAAUAUUUGUAACAUCGAAGUCGAAGUACCACAAGGUCGUCGUCGGUCUUCGAUUUUUGAUAAACAUUGGAGUUAUAAAAUUAUUUUAAUAAAAUUUUCACUAUGUUUUCAGCAGCAAAAGCAAUUAUAUUCUCGCCAUGCGUUAUUCAAACCAGGAAUAUGGCAACCUUAAAGGAUAUUCGAAUGCGGCUGAAAUCAGUAAGCAACAUACAGAAGAUUACUCAAAGUAUGAAGAUGGUAUCAGCUGCUAAGUAUGCUAGAGCUGAACGUGAACUGAGGCAAGCUAAACCCUUUGGUGAAGGCACAAAGUCAUUUUAUGACUCAGCAGAAGUUAAAGCCGAUGAAUCUAAACCCGGGACCAUGAUCAUUGCUGUGACAUCAGACAGGGGUCUCUGUGGUGCUGUUCACAGCAGUGUGGCUAAAAGGAUUCGUGCUAUGAUUAGUGAAGUGUCUGACUCUUCUGAUAUGAAAGUUAUCUGUAUUGGAGACAAGAGUAGAGCUAUGUUAAGAAGGCACUUUGGUCAAAAUAUCAUGGCUGUAUAUUCUGAUUAUGGUAAAAAGCCUCCAACGUUUGAAGAUGCUACUAUGGUUGCUGAUUAUGUUAUCAACUGUGGUUUCACAUUUGAGAAGGGAUUGAUAAUAUUCAAUAGAUUCAAAUCAGUAGUUUCUUAUCAAACUACCGAAGUUCCAGUGUUCAGCGCUGAUGCAAUUUCCAAUGCUGAGAAGAUCAGCAUAUAUGACAGUUUAGAUGCUGAUGUGAUCAAGUCUUAUCAAGAAUACUCACUGGCAUCUAUGAUAUUCUAUGCCAUGAAAGAGAAUGCAUGCACUGAGCAAAGCUCUAGGAUGACUGCUAUGGAUGGUGCCAGCAAGAAUGCCGGUGAAAUGAUUGACAAAUUAACAAUGACUUUCAACCGUACUCGACAAGCUGUAAUCACUAGAGAACUGAUUGAAAUCAUUUCUGGAGCGGCUGCUCUUUAAUUUGUAUUGUAAUUAUGAAAACGUGAUGAGAAAAUUAGAUUAAAAUUAUGUCAUAUUAAAAUGUUCUUGCCAUAGAACUCGGACAUUUGUA